AUGUUGGGUCUAGCAUGCCUGGGCGAGGCCCGGUUCGACCCGCGCGGACAUGCAAAAGAGGUAGCGAAGUGUCCGAGCGUCAAUCGGGCGGAGGGCAGGGACGUGGAGAUCGACAUUCACUACGUCGACCUCAACCCGAAAGCAAAGCGGACGUUGCUGAUGGUGCACGGAUGGCCAGGUCUGUGGAGCACCUGGUCGUACCAGAUUGAAGCCUUCCAGGAAGAAUACCGGGUGCUGGCCGUGGACCAGCGCGGCUUCGGCUCGUCAACGCACCCCGAUGACGUGAAGUCGUCCGGAAAUAUGGUCGACCUCGUCGGCGACCUCGCGUGCGUGCUUGAGCAUGCGAACGUCGACAAAGCGAUCUGCGUCGGACACGACUGGGGCUCGGCUGUCUGCUACGAAGCCGCCCGGCGGCGGCCCGACAUCAUCGAAGGCGUCGUCGGCAUCGCGGUCCCCUACCUGCCCGCUACCGGGCCCUUCAUCCCCACCUCCACGCUCGCACACUCCAUCCCCACGCUUAACUACCAGCUUUACUUCGCCGGCGACACGGCCGCGGCGGUGGCCGAACUCGACGCCGACGUCCGUCGUACGCUCCGCAGCACCCACCGGACCAUCGACAGCCCGAGCGCGGACGCGUUCUUGACCAGCAGGACCGACUUUCUCGGCGCGUACGCGAACCUAAACGAGAUACCGCCGAUUCCGUAUAUGACACCGGAUGAAGAAGAUUACCUCGUCGAGCAGUACAGCAUCCAGGGCUUUAAAAACACCGUACAAUUUUAUCAAGACGCGAACCGAUACGCGACCUGGCAGGGCGCGCACGAGCAGGGGAACUUUACGAUCCCGCAGCCCGUGCUUGCCAUUUUACCGACCAAGGACCGCGUCGCGGACUGGGUCCUGUUCUCGGAGCGCCUCGGAGUCGCGAAGUGGAUACCGAGCUUGACGCAGAAGACGGUGGAGAGCUCGCAUUGGCCGCACCUCGAGCGACCGGAUGACGUUAACGGCAUCCUCCGCGAGUGGCUUGGUGGCCUGGGUGGACCGUCAGAGUCAACAAGGCAUCUAGACGAACUUUGA